AUGGCUCAGUGGUACAUUAGACCAGUGGUCUUCAACUCGUUGUUACCGAGAGGACCCGGAUUGAAACCAAGUCGAUGCGCUAGUGCCCUUUGCAGUACGUCCAGCACGUCCCCUCUAUCGACCGACGCCCCCGCCCCUCACCCCUCCCCCGCCUCCCAAGCAUCUCAGGCCAACUUUGAGCUGGACCAUGAAGCCAUCGCGUCCAGGGCGACUCACAUGGUGGAGAUCUUAUCGGACGAGAACAGCGUCCUCAGACAAGAGCUCGAGACCAACUACCAAAAAGUUGCCAAGUUGCUGAAGUUUGAGCAAGAGAUCCACAAGGUACAGACAGAGCAUGAGAAGCUAAUUGAAUCGACGCACAAGAGGGAGCACCUCGAGAAGCUCGUCCGGGCCAAACUUGAAGUAGAAGUCAAGAAACUACAGGAGAGGAAUCGAGAUUUAACAGUCUAUGUAGAAUCACGUGCCAAGAGUUCCAGGACAGCCAAUCAUGGGGAAUCUAUCGAGGCUGACCUGCAAGAGGAAUUAACGAGAAAAGAAAACGUGCUCUUCCAGACACAAAUGACAUGUAAAGACUUGGAUGAGACUAAUAUGCAGUUGAUGAAUGAACUCACAGAACAGAGACUACACGUGGACAUGCUGGAUGCAGCCUUGUCCAAGGCUCAAGCAGAUGUUACUAAGUUACAUGAAGAGUGUGCCCAGCGUCAGGUUUACGUUGACAAGGUGAGAUCGUUACAGCAGCUGGUUACAUCAUUGCAAGCUGCUCGUCAGAAGAGGGAGAAACUAGAGAAUAAACUCAGACAUAAGAUGGAGAAAGAGAUAGAGAAACUACGAGGGCGCCAGGCUGUAGCGAACCAAGAUGAAGGUGUGUCGGAGCCUGAAGAUGUUACAAGUGAAUCGCUGGCUGAAAAAGAGAGUACUAUCCUAAAGCUAGAGGCUGAAGUUAGUAAGUGGGAACACAAGUACUUGGAAGAGUGUGCAAUCAGACAAUGUCAUGUGGAAGCACCAUCAAACUCUAGGUUGAGUGGUGUACAUGACAUGGAUGGCGGGAAGGAGAGAGAUGAAGAAGGGAGCUCACGACAUAAAGCUAGGAUAUACGAUCUUGAGAAAAGAGUUUCAGCCCUUUCAACAGAGGUCCAGAAACGUGAAAUCAUCAUCCAAGCUCUCCAGAACCAAAUCUUUGCCACCAUGUCGUCUACUUCACUGUCCUCCUAUCCCGAGAACAUCCGCCCUCCCUCCCCUCAGCAGCAGUCCUACCGCCGUGGCUCCGUAGAUUCCACCCCCUUCCAGAGCAACCUGUCUGGAUCACCUGCAGUCAGCUCCAGCUCCCUGCAGAACCUCGGCAGCCGUUCCCCCGCCAGCUCCGUUCAGAGCCUACAACAGCAGCAGCAGCAGUCGCCCGCAUCCUCAACCCACAGCCUCCAGCACUACCUGACAAAAUCACCCGCGACGUCGACCCAGAACCUGCACAUGUCCCCGGCGUCGUCCAACCAGAACCUGGUGUCCAAGUCUCCGGCGAGCUCCCUGCAGAACCUGCCGCAUGUCGUGUCCCUUGGUGGGAGGUCUCCUGCAGGGUCGCAGCAGAGCUUAGGAGCCCUCGCAAGGCCACCGAGUCACACCGGGUCUGCAGGAUCUGGUCUAGGAUCGCAGGAGAGGCUGAUGGGUUUCAGUGAUUCCUACACGUCACUCAGUACGUCGGGACUCUCAAUGACAGGAACAGAUGGAGGGAGUGAAGCCGAUUUAGCGAGAGAGAGAAGUUUCUUGGAUGAAAAACUAAAGCAGCUGGAUCUUGAGAUUGCUCAACAGGAUAAGAUACUUGGAUCGAUAUGGAAGACUUAGCGAAGAUGGAGAGCUGUGCACCCUCUGUGCUCUACCGGUGUAUAACAUGAUUACACCCUCACCCUCAUCAUUACCCUUAAGCAGAACUGGAGACGUGGUAGAGAGGGUCAGUUUUGUACCCUCCGUGCUCUACCGGUGUAUAACAUGAUUACCCCUCACCUUCAUCAUUACCCUUAAGCAGAACUGGAGACAUGGUAGAGAGGGUCAGUUUUGUACCCUCCGUGCUCUACCGGUGUAUAACAUGAUCACCCCUCACCUUCAUCAUUACCUUUAAGCAGAACUGGAGACGUGGUAGAGAGGGUCAGUUUUGUACUCUCCGCGCUCUACCGGGUAUACAACCCCCCCCCCCCCCCUGCCCCACUAUCAUCAGCAACCUUAAGCAGAACUGGAGACAUGUUAGAGAGGGUCAGUUUUGGUACUCUCUGUGCUCUACCGGUGUAUACAACCUCACCCCCCCCCCACCCUCAUCAUCAUCACUCACCAUCACCAAAGAAACAAUGUUGAAUUCAAGAUGACUGGAAUUAUAUAUUUAUGGGAGGAUUACAUCUUGUUUGAUCCUUGCAUCUUUUUGUUUAGUGAUAUUAAAGCCAUUUAGUGUCAUUGAUGUACAAUCGUUGGAGUUAUUAAUAAAAAUUCUUAAUGAAACACAUCUUCAUGUCAAUACUGAUGCUUCAUGCCCGAUUCAAUUAUCUAAUGGAUGAUAAGAUCUUGAUUUUGACCCUUGAAAAUGAAUGUUUGGUUCAAGUUACAAGGUUCUUUGUACAUGUAUUUGUUUACAUCGUAAUGUAACGUGUUAGCGAUCACUCUAAAACAAAGAUUUCACUCUCUCUUUCGGUCAUCUUGUAUGAAUUUUAGACAAAAUACUGCUGACUCCACAGACCUUGAUUUAGAAUAGAAAGUAUUUUAACUAAGGGUACUGGUCUUUUGCACCAUGAUAACCUCUAAAGAUGGUUUCAGAUAUAUUGCCUUAACUUAUUGCCUAUGGGAACUGUGUGCAUCCUAUGUUAUAGAUAUGGGAAUGAAAGAAUUUGAAUGCCGAUGGAUUUGUUUACUUGAUCAAACAUAUUUCUUCCAUACUUUAUUAAACAUGUGCCAGAGAAAAUUUGAUGUUGUGCCUUGCCAGACUAUAGCCUUAUUUGUGUAAUCAUGAUUGUAGAUAAAAUCUACACUUUUGCCCCUAAAUAAUCCAAAACAAUGUUGCAAUGAAUUUCUAUUAACAAUCAUGGCAAUCACGGUGCCUAAAAUUUGACAUCUUGACAUUUUUAGUAUUUAAUCCAAUUUAUCUGAAAUUUAUAACCCUUUAUUGUAGAUUUAGCAAUUUAAAAUGGAUGCCAGGAUGGUAUUUAAAGCCAUUUUGUGAAGAAUUAGCUUGAGAGCAGCUGACUAGCGAAUCAUGAGCAAAUUUGUCUGUUUACACUGGGACGUUAAUAGACUGUUUUAAAAACCUCUGCAGCAAGAUAUACAAUUGUAUAAGUGGUAUGCUUCAAUUUGAUCUAUCUUAUAACAAGAGGUUAGCAUAAGGACCACUGUUAUGUGCAGCUAUGUUUUUUGUUUUGUUUCUUUAUUGCCCAACUAAUUCCUCUUGCCAUUCAUUCAUGUGCAAAGUAUUACUGCGUUGUCAAGUUAAUAUUCUUUCUUUCUUUUGAGGUGGUUCGCUCUAACUUGCUUGCCCAGGGGUUUAAUAAAGAUACUUCAUUAAUGCUGGUAUGUAGCGAUAAUCAAUUAAAGUACAACUAUUGAUGUUCAUGUUGAUAUCACGGCAAUUUACUUUUUGACUGGAGGUUUCUAGCCUUAAAGGGUGAAUUUAAUGCAAUAAAUCCAACCAUUGUUAGCUUUAUUGUUAUCUAUUUAUUGUUACUUAUUGUUAUUUUAGGACAAAAUACGGUCUCAUUUAAGUCCCAAACAGAAUAGUGACGAGAGGGUUAUCAUGUUAAUGGUUACUAUAUAUUUGUGAGGGAUCAUGCAGAGUCUAGACAAUAGUUACACUGUCAAUUGGUGAAGACAUUAGGGACUUUUAGAUUAGCAUGAAGACAAUGGGGAUUGCUAUGAUCGACGU